AUGGCACUGGGACCAGCACACCCAGCUGACCACCAGCACAUUGCUUCCGGUCUAGUACUAAGGAAGAACGAAGUGCUAACCAAUGGUCACGUGUGCGCGUCGUUCACGUCGACAUAUUCUCAUCGCAAAUGCGUUUUUGGAAAGCACAAUCUCACCGAAUACGAGGACGGACAGUUGGAAAUUAAUGUAACCGGCUAUCAUUGCCAUGAAGAUUUUAAUUACAUCCUGUAUGAACAUGACCUAUGUGUGAUCACCUUGGAAAACAACAUUCCUGGAUUCAAUGAUCGUAUACAACCGUUGAAGUUGAUGUCGAGAUUCGAGGCGUUCUUUGUGCGGCACGACCAGUGUAAAAUCUACGGUUGGGGCAAUUCAAACGAAUUUCCAGAUACUUUCACACCGGUUCUGCAAGUUGGUUCGACGAAGAUUGCUCGUACAGCUGCAUGCAAGGCUCAAAUCCCCGCUAUCCAAGAUGACCAGAUGUGUGCACGCAGUGACGGGGCCUUUGCAGAACACGCCGACAGUGGCACGCCCAUUAUCUGCAACACAUGGUUCUUCGGGAAGCGAAUUGUUGGAAUUGAAUUCCGACAGUAUGUCUGA